AUGGCCUCGCUGGUGACCACCCUGCUCCUGCAGCUGGCCCUUCUGCUCCACGCUGGCGCGGCCAAAGAGACGAGUCCGUUCCGGAUGUCACCGCAGAAGGUGGUGGGGACCCUGCGCGAGCCCGUGGAGCUGAAGUGCCAGGUGCUGCUGUCCAACGUGGGGUCGGGCUGCUCAUGGCUCUUCCAGAGGCCCGACGCCGCUGCCAGCCCCAUUUUCCUCAUGUACCUCUCUGGCAGCCGGGUCAAGACCGCGGACUGGCUGGACACAAAUCAGUUCUCUGGCAGCAGGUCCGGGGACGAGUUCAAGCUCACCCUGAGGAAAUUCUCGGAGAAGGACCAAGGAUACUAUUUCUGCGCAGUAGUGAGCAACUCGGCGCUGUUCUUCAGUCCCUUGGUGCCUGUCUUCCUUCCAGAGAAGCCCACCACGACGCCGGCACCGCGACCACCGACGCAAGCACCCACUAAACCGUCUCAGCCUGGGUCGCUGAGCCCUGAGGCGUGCAGGCCCUCGGCGGACAGCGCAGUGGACACGAGCGGUAUAAACUUCAACUGUGAUCUCUACAUCUGGGCGCCCUUGUUUGGGACCUGUGUGGCCCUACUCCUGUCACUGAUCAUCACCAUCUGCUGCAGCCACAGGAACCGAAGACGUGUUUGCAAGUGUCCUAGGCCCCAGGUCAGACAAGGAGGCAAGCCCAAUACCUCAGACAGAUAUGUCUAA